AUGAAGGCUGUAUUUGUUUGCUCGUUGGCUAUCGUGCAGUUUUCUGCUGCAUUCUUAUUGCCGCCUUCGCCUAAGCCGCAAUACACCGCGCCAGCACCGGUAGCUUACCCGUCACCAGUAUCUUACCAAGCACCAAUAUCGUACUCGGCUCCAAUCACAUACCCGACAGCUCCUGCACCCAUUAUUGCCCCUCCCCCCGCUCCUGUGGUGCUGCCAACACCUGCCCCAAUUUUCCCACCUGCCCCAUACCCCACCCCUAUUUACCCCACACCUGCGCCGCUGCCCCCAGCCCCACCUACAUACUACCCUAGCCCCUGCGCUCCUCCUACUCCGUAUGCUUUAGAACCUGUCGUGUCUUACUCUCCCUUUUUAGAAUACGAACCCAGCAUAACAUAUACUCCAGAGAUUAAUUAUGAGCCAACAAUUUCGUAUGCAUAUGAGCCAGUCGCUCCACCACCAUACUACUAUUUCUAA